CCUCUCUCUCUUUCUCUCUGUAACUCUAACACAUUCACACAAACAUCAAACAUGCCUGGUUUCCCUGUUGACGGUUUCUUCUACAUCAAGUCGCAAAAGAACGGACUCGUCCUCGAUAUCGACGAUGGCAAGACCGACCCCGGAGCUUCGUUGAUCAUGUGGAGCCAGAAAGCAGCUGAUGCUGAGGAUAACGAUAAUCAACUCUGGCGCUAUGCUGACGGUUUCGUCACCAACAAGAAGUCUGGUCUCGUGUUGGAUAUUUCUGGAGGCGACUUGAAAUCCGACAAGCAAAUCGUUCAAUAUCCUCGUAAAUUGACAAUGACAAGUAACCAACGAUUCGGUCUUCGUGAUGGCUUCAUUUAUGCACGUGCCGACCCGCGUCUGGUACUCGAUAUCAGGGGUGAUGAUGAUGCUGAGGGUGCCAAGGUUCUUUUGUACAAGCGCAAAGAAGCGGAAAAUGACAACCAACAGUGGGUUGUUGAGCCUCUUGAGGCGUAAUUUUUGCAAAGGGGCCUAUUGUUGCCACUUCGCUAAUCUUUAUCAUAAACACUUGAUGUAUAAGUGUACGCUGUAGUAAAGGAGAAAAGAUAUAAUAAAGCUAUACCUAUCGUGAAACGAUUUGAACUCAC